AUAUGCCAAAAAUAACACCUCCUCUUGUUCAGCACCCAAAGUCGAAGGAUAGCUCUGGCCUUUCAAUUGAAGAAAGUGCUAGAUUUUUGUCGGUGUUGUAUAAUAUAACCAAUUCCCAGUGUCCAUAUUUGUUUCGGAGCGAUCGGAAUUGUCUUUAUUUAAUGUGAGCGACAGAACUGGCGUCAAAAAUGCGUAAAAAUCAACGCUGUCCAAGCAGGGAACCACCGAGAAAGGAAUUAUCGCCGCUCUUCUGAGGCCAAUCUCCACUAUUUUUUUAUUUUUUUUCUGUCAAAAUAAGGAAACAUAACACGGCUAGCCAGCUGACGUGAGCUCCGUAGACAGCGAGGUUACCGACACAUCUUCACACAGACGCAGAAAUCCCGCAGAUAAUCAAGAUUGGAUCGAAAUUCACAGCAAGCAGGAAAACCUGUAGGCAGCAAUGGGUGCAUUCCUGGACAAGCCGAAGACGGAGAAGCAUAGUGCCCAUGGUGAGGGUAAUGGACUUCGCUAUGGCCUGAGCUCCAUGCAGGGCUGGCGGGUGGAGAUGGAGGAUGCCCACACAGCCGUGGUGGGCCUCCCCCAUGGACUCGCCGACUGGUCCUUCUUUGCUGUCUACGAUGGCCACGCAGGCUCCCGGGUGGCCAACUACUGCUCCGGCCACUUGCUGGAACACAUCUUGUCAGGAGGGGCUGACUUCAGUUCAGGACCCGGCUCCGUGGAGGGCGUGAAAGAUGGCAUCCGCUCGGGCUUCCUGAACAUUGAUGAGUACAUGCGCAGCUUCUCUGACCUGCGGCAGGGCCUGGACCGCAGCGGGUCAACAGCCGUGUGCGUGUUGCUCAGCCCGACCCACCUCUACUUCAUUAACUGCGGCGACUCGCGGGCCGUGCUGAGUCGAGACACCAAGGUGGGCUUCUCCACCCAGGACCACAAGCCCUGCAACCCCCGCGAAAAGGAGCGCAUCCAGAACGCUGGCGGCUCAGUCAUGAUCCAGAGGGUAAACGGCUCCCUGGCUGUGUCCCGGGCCCUGGGGGACUACGACUACAAAUGUGUGGAUGGUAAGGGACCCACGGAGCAGCUGGUGAGCCCUGAGCCCGAGGUGUGUGUAUUGGAGCGAGCCGCCGAAGGAGACGAGUUUGUGGUGCUGGCAUGCGAUGGAAUCUGGGAUGUCAUGUCCAACGAGGAGCUGUGUGAGUUUGUCCGCUCACGACUCCUGGUGUGUGACGACCUGGAGAAGGUCUGUAACUCAGUGGUGGACACCUGUCUGCACAAGGGGAGCAGGGACAACAUGAGUGUGGUGUUGGUGUGUUUUCCCGGAGCUCCCAAGAUCUCAGAGGAGGCUGUGAAGAAAGAAGAGGAAUUGGAUAAAUACCUGGAGACCCGUGUUGAGGAGCUACUGGCAACCUGUGGGGAAGCUGGAGUCCCUGACCUGGUGUCUGUCCUGAGGAGCAUUGCCACAGAGAACAUCCCCAACCUUCCACCUGGCGGAGGCCUGGCCAGCAAACGGAGUGUGAUCGAGGCGGUGUACAACAAGCUGAAUCCUCACAGAGAAGAGGAAGGGAGUCUGACCCCUGGCGUGUCACCUCAGGCCUGUGCGGGGGGAGAGGAGGAGAGUGAGGAGGGAGGUGGCAGCACGGCGGCUCAUCUGCUGGAGGCUCUGCGGCAGUUCCGCCUGCACCACCGGGGGCAGUACCGCACGGUGCUGGAGGAGUCCCUGGCCGCCUACCAACUGCGGGGGGAGAGCACUGCCGAGGGAGCAGGGGAGGGCAGGAGAAUCUACGAGGACGCCGACGCCGACAACGACGACCAGGAGCAGACCGCCUCCCCUCCCUCUCCCCCUUCGCCCCCGCCCUCCCCCGCCAAUGCCGAGUCGGAGGGCAGCCAAGACGCGCCCGCCCCCGAGUCCAAUCCCUCCUCUGACUGAGCGCUCUGUCCGCAAACCCAACCCACCCAUCCGACCCCAGAGCUCUAGUCAGAUGUGCUAUGACCUCUCCUCCUCUUUCCUUCAUCACAGAACUUGAAUGGACAUAUCGGCCACCUCCUGCUCUAUCAAUAGUCUGCCAUUGCCAUUCAUUAAUAUUUUAUUAAUGCAGUGGAAAUAAAAAUGGCCCUUCUGUCUAUUCAAGUUCCGUCUCAGAGCCACAUAUAUACCUUCUACCUAAUGAGGACUCUUUCUCUCUCUGUGUGUGUGUGUGUGUGUGUGUGUGUGUGUGUGUGUGUGUGUGUGUGUGUGUGUGUGUGUGUGUGUGUGUGUGUGUGUGUGUGUGUGUGUGUGUGUGUGUGUGUGUGUGUGUGUGUGUGUGUGUGUUUCCCCUGUCCUCUGAACACCCUGGCUUGGAUCACCUAACUUGCCAGCCACUUUUACAACUUGAUAACACAGACUGAUGUUUACAAUAGGAAAUAAUCAAUAACAAAUUAUUAUUACAUGCAAAAGUGGCUGGUGAAGCAAAAAUGAACCUUGCACACGAUGGCCUACAUUUACCAGUAUUGGCUUCUGGCUGAUUUCCCACUUGAACCCCCCUCCCCCUCCUCUUCCCAUAUCCCCGGUCCUCUGCCCCACUCCUGCUUACAGUGGACAAACUGACAAAGAAAAGGAGAGGAGACCCUCUGAACUGCAGCUGUGUCCAACACACACUGCAAAGUCUCCAGGCCAACUUCAUCUACAGACUCAGAACACACUCUUUUUGCGUAUAUGUAUGUAUGUAUGUAUGUGUGUGUGCGUCUGCAUGAGUUUGAGUGACCGAGCAAGAGACCAGUCAUCACUACUGAAAUUUCUGUUUUUGGUUGCGGGUGAUACUUGAGUGUUAGCCCAUUUAUCAGCAUGUUCAGCGAUGUAAGGUUGUUCAAAGCAGUCUUGGUACUGAAAAACCGAGGGACACUUUUGUGUAAGUGGGUUGGUGGGUGUGUACUUAGUAGUUUGAGCUUCAUUUCAUUAAAAUCAUUCCCUAACCACAUAUACCUAAUUCCACAUCAUCACAUGUGUUAGCAUGCUGCCUCACACUCACAAAGAGGUUGAAGUCUGUCCCUGGUUAUUAUUCAGGGGGAAUGUAAAUGUGUCAGUAAACACACUGGUACCAGGUGACCAAAGGGGCCAUAAAAUUAAUGUGUUUAAAUGAAAAUAAGACUAAAAAGUCUGUAGCCAUGGUAGCAAGCCUGUAAGGCUAUAAUGCUCAUUACACUCUAGGAAACAAAAUUAUUGGAUGGAUGGAAAAACAAAGAGAAACUUUCAGUUGUGGGGAAAAUGGUGGCGCCAGACAAAAGGUCAUGUUUCCAAAAUAAUGUUUCCUUUCUACAGUGUUUUAUUUGUCUUAGACAUACAAUAUCUACGUCGCACUACAAUGUGUGACGUGGUAUAACUUUAAUAUCUGUCUGUGUUAGUAGUAAACUGCUGUUAGCAGCUCUAAAUCAUGAUAUAGCCCUGUUUGGGAGCGUCUUAUCCACUGCUCGGGACACCGUCCUGUAUGGUGCCAUAGAAAAACUCACGGAUGUAGCUGUGCACUGGAGGUAUGGCAGGUAACCAGAUGUAAAUUUGCCAAAACAAACAGGUAGUCUUCAUCCUUGAAGUCUUUUCUCUUGUAAAAAACCCCAAAAAACUCUUUCAGACAAAGCAUAAAUCUCACCUUUGUCUGUCACUUUUUAUUUGUAUUAUUAUUUUUUAAUUUAGUGCACCACAAUGAGGCCGAGAGGAUGCCCCACUAGCACACUUACUUGGACAAGCGAGGCAAUUUAUUAGAAGUGUUUUCGAACUGUAUUUUCGGUUUUAUAAAGGACUUCAAGAGGGAAGACUAAUGGGUUGUUGGCAAAUGGCAAAUGCACUUCUGGUUAACUUCCCUAUGUCUGUUAAAGAGCAGCACACAAGCUGAGCUUUUCUAUGGAACCAUCUGGGAGUUUUGAAACAGGGCUGCUGCUGAUAUACUAAUAUACUAAUGUUUGCAUGAUAAAAUGCCUACGUGCCUGUUAACAACCGGAUUUUAAAUGCUAUUGAAGACAUGUUAGCAUGAUAACUCUAGCUGUUUUGAGCUGAAUGCAAAUGUCACCGCGGGUAAGCUGAGUUUAUGAGCAGCACAUCUCAGGCCGAUGAAACUUGAGUUAGGUCGAACUGUGUGGAGCUGAACUCGAGAACGUGUUAACAUGCCUACAGUUAACAUGUUAGCACACAUGUUGCUAGUUAACAUACUAACAGUUAACAUGUAACAUUUAAUAUUUGGCUUGUUUGCGUGCUCUGUGUGAAGUGUUUAUCAUGUUAUCUUGCUGUUAUGGGAACGUGUUAUUAUGUUAACGUGCUAGUGUGCUAUGUUAUCAUUCAUGUGUAAGGUGGCUGUGGCUGGCAGGCAUGCUGUCAUUAGUUUUAGUGGUAUUCUGUCAUGAACUGAAGUGUCAGACAAGCAGUGGGAAAGUUGACCUGAUGAUGGUGCUAGAUGGGGGGGGGGAUUAGGACCACAGAUGUUUCUUCUAAAUGUCAAUCCAUCCAGUAGUUUUUAAAAUAUUUAACUUUGAAGUGUUAAAUAUGUGGCAGGAUGUAUUUCAGCUUGGUAAAAGCCCAGAUACAACAUAUUUCAUUCCUCACAGGUUAUGUCUGUUCAGAACAACUCAAUCUGAUACUUUACCUUAUUGUGAAAGCUUGAUUCGAACAAGACUUGAACCUACAAUGUUUAUUCUUCUUCUUUAAAAGCAGGUAAAGGGAGGUUAUUCUAAGUCUGUAUAAUGCCCAGUGCCUCUGAUAAUGCAUGCACUGCACUCAUCUUUUCAAUAUAAGGCACUUAACUAUCAGAGGGGAGCUUACGCUAAACACUGUGUGUAUGUAUGUGUGUUUGUGUAUGUAUGAGUUGUAUUUGUAUGCGGUUACGUUGGGCCAGAUCAGUCCCACACAGUUAUAAUGACAAAUGAACAAAUAAAAGUGAUUUGAGGUAUAAUGCUAA